ACAACCAGCUGCUGUCUAUUCCGUUCCGUCAUUGUUGAUUGCUCCACACAACAUUAAAACCAUCAUCUCUGUGCGAGGGAAGUGAAACGGUGAUUUUGUCUUUCUCUGCAGCGUACCACACCUGCAACGAAAAUUUCUCCAAACGUGCACUGCGUGGCUGGUCGCGGUUGUGAAGUACAAAUUCCACAUCAUGAUACUCCAAAACCAUCUGGAACAUGGUGUCCGCGUUAAAGUGGGCUACCACUUUGGAACGGUUCGCUACGUGGGCGAGGUUCCAAACACGGAAGGCGAUUGGAUCGGUAUCGAAUGGGAUGAUCCAGAACGGGGUAAACACUCGGGCACCGUCAACGGUGUGCAGUACUUCCAGACAAGAUCACCUACAGCAGGUUCGAUGAUACGCAGCGAGAAGCUCACCAAAUUCCAAACUCUCGAACAAGCCAUCACAGAGAAAUACACCAUGACGGAAGAUACGCUACGUCUCGAUUCGGAAAUGAUCCGAGCGGUGCAGAAGCAACUGCACGCCCCGCUGUUCGAGAUCGUUGGCAUGGAGAAGGUGGGAGGUAAACAAAGCAAUUUGCAGCAGCUGGUGGAUGUUUCGGUGCGCUACUGUCCGGUAAAUGCGGCCGGAGAGCUGAGCAGCUUCGUGAAUCUGCAGAUGCUCGACGUGUCCGCGACGCUCCUGUGGAACUGGACCGUCGUUGCGAAUAUUGCUGAGCAGAUUCCGACGCUGCAGGAACUAAAUCUCUCGAACAACCGUUUUGUCGACCCGUACGAAGAGCAGAUCAGUAUGUUGGCGCAGAAAUUUCAAAACAUUCGCAAAAUCAUUCUCCGAAGCUGUGCUCUCGGAUCCUGGUGUGAGUUGGUCCGAUUGGCACGUAUGUGGCCCGCCAUUGAGUAUCUUUCGCUGGAACAAAACGAAAUCGGCUUCAUCGAGGACGAAGCGCCCUACAUCGUGGCGCUCAGUCGGCUGAAGCAUCUCGAUCUGCAAAAUAACUCCGUGCGUGAUGUGGAAUCGGUACGCAAUCUCGGCAAGCUACCAGCUCUCGAAGAGCUGCUACUGAACGGGAAUGGACUUCGUGAGGUACGGUUUACGGACUGUCCGCAUAAUGAGAAGGUGGAACUGUUCCGGCAGCUACGCACAAUAUAUCUGCGCGAAAACCCACUACAGGACCAGUGCAGUACGUUUAACGAGCUGGACAAGUUGGCCCACCUGGAGCACGUUACGCUCGAUCCCGAUCCGUCCGUAAGCUACGAGGAAACGGUAUCAAGAAUCGUCGGUUCGAUUGGUGGUUUGCGUAUGUUUAAUCGGUCCACGAUCAGCGAAAAAUUACGGCGUGAUUCCGAGUGCGAUAUGUGGAAACUGUACGCGAACCAGUGGGCGGAAGUACGCAACGAUGCACAGCGACUGAAGGCGUUCUUCAAAUCGCACCGGAUGUAUCCGCGUGUGAUGGAACGGCUGGGCAGUCCGGAGCAAUUUCUACCCGAUACGCGCAAGGUAACGAACAUGAUCCAUCUGCAGCUGCUGAACGAAAAGACGGUCGAGUUGCGGGAAAAGAAAGUCCCGAAGCGCAUCAACUUGCACACGCUGCAGAAUUUGAUAGUGAAACUGUUCGGCUUACCGGACUGCACGUCCUCGCUACGGUUGUACCUGCUGGAUAGGAAGCGUAAGGUGCGAAUACCGCUGGAAAACCAUGGUAAAAGUUUGGACUUUUAUUCGGUGGAAGAUAACGAUACGAUCGUGUUCGAAUGAGCGCGCACAGAUGGUUUUGUGCAGUUUUGUGCUGCGUGACGUCAACAACACUCCUUAUAUAGUCUGUUUUUUAUCUGUGUUUUUUUUGCUAUAUAUUGAUCGUCCACGUUUAAUCCUUGUUCGUUAAAACUCACUCACUCACGCAUGCAUUCUUGCACGUUUGCGAGGAUGCCAUUACUUUUACUGUAGAUCGCAAUGCAAGUGUUUUUUUCUAUUCAAACAAUGUAUUAUUUAACUCAAAUAAUAAAAAAAACACCCAACAAAACACACACGGUGUGUCUGUUAUCCUUAAAGGAAA